AUGGCACGCCAAACAUUUCUCAAUGGACACAGGCGCAAAUUCAUUCAUUCAUUCAUUCUUUCUUUCUUUCUUUCUUUCUUUCUUCACAACUUCUUUUAUCGUCUCUGGAGUUCUGUCUUUCUAUCUUUGUUUUUAACAUUUUUUUUUAAACAUUUCUUUUUUUUUUCUUUCUUUCUUUUUUCUUUCAUUUCUUUCUUCUUUCUUUUUUUUUCUUUUUUUUUUUUCUUUCUUUUUUCUUUCUUUCUUUCUUUUUUUUUUUCUCUUUCUUUCUUUCUUUCUUUUCUUUCUUUCUUUUUUCUUUCUUUCUUUCUUUUUUUUUUUCUUUCUUUCUUUUUUUCUUUCUUUCUUUUUUCAUUUCAUUUCUUUCUUUUCUUUCUUUCUUUGUUCUUUCAUCUUUCUUUUUUUUUCUUUCUUUCAUCUUUUUUCUUUUUUCUUUCAUUUAUUUUUCUUUCUUUCUCUUACUUUCUUUCUUUUUUUCUUUCUUUCUUUUUCUUUUCUUUUCUUUUUUUCUUUCUCUUUCUUUCUUUUUUCUUUCAUUCUUUUUUUCAUUUUCUUUCUUUUAUCUUUCUUUUAAAUUUUUUCUUUCUUUCUUUCUUUCUUUCUUUCUUUUUUUUUUUCUUUUUUCUUUCUUUUAACUUUUUUCUUUCUUUUCUUUUUUUCAUUUUAAUUUUAUUUUAUUUUUUUCGUCUCUUUCUUUCUUUCUUUCUUUCUUUCUUUCUUUCUUUUCUUCACAUCUUUUUUUUUUCUUUUAUUCUUUCUUUCUUUCUUUUUUUUUUUCUUUUCUUUCAUUUUAACCUUCUUUUCUAUUUUUUCUUUUUUUUCUUUUCUUUCUUUCAUUUCAUGAUUUUGUUCUUUUUUUUUUUCUUUCUUUCUUUCUUUCUUUUUUUCUUUCUUUUUUUUUUUUUUUUCUUUUUUUUUUUUUUUUUUUUUUUUCUUUUCUUUCUUUCUUUCUUUCUUUCUUUUUCUUUAUUUCUUUCUUUUUUUUUUCUUUCUUUCUUUCUUUCUUUCUUUCUUUCUUUUUUUUCUUUCUUUUUUUUUUUCAAUUCUUUUAAGUUUUUUUCUUUCUUUCUUUUUUUCUUUUUUUUGGCAGGAAUUUUCUUCUUUCUUUCAUUUUUUUCUUUUUUCUUUUCUUUCUUUCUUUUAUUUUUUCUUAUUUUUUCUUUUUUUAUUUUCUUUUUUUCUUUAAAAAUUUUUUUUUUUUCUUUCAAAAAAUUCAAGUUUCUUUUUUCUUUUUUUUUCUUUCAAAGGAUCAUUCUUUUUUUUUUUCUUUCUUUAGCUAAAUUUUAUUCAAAAACAAAAAAUCCUAUCGUCUCUGAGUUCUGUCUUUCUAUCUUUUUGUCUUCCAUCCAAAAAAUUUUUUUUUUUUCAUUUUUAAAUUCUUUCUUUCAUUUUUUCUUUCUUUCUUUUUUUCUAUAUAACUCUUUGUCAAUCUUUGUUUCUUCCAUCACAAUAUUUAUUUUUUUUCUAAAAAAACAAUUUUUUAUUUCAUUUUUUUUUCUUUCUUUCUUUUUUUCUUUCAAAAAAUCUUUUCAUUUUUCGUCUCUGAAUUUAGUUUAUUCUUUCUUUUCUUUCUUUUUGAAAUGUUGA